AUGCUGGCAGUAGAAAUCCUAGACAAAAUAUUCUCAUACCUCGCUUAUUCAGAGAUUUAUAGAAUUAGAUCAGUCUGCAAAACGUGGAGACAGCAAUGCGAGUAUCACCUAUAUCUCUCGGUGAAAGCAAAGAAAACCAAGCUGUACGUCAAGAUUGGCAAGAAAGGAAGAACAGCACUAGUUGAUAUGAAGCCUUAUCAGUUCGAUGCUGAGAAUCAGGUCAUUGAGUUCAAUUGCCAACAACCUCAAGAUGACGAUGACAAUGUUGUGUAUUUGGAUCAAGAUAUGAAGCAUGUCAAGACUCAAAUUCAGUUCAGUGAAUGGUCUCAACAGGAAACAACAGCUCAAAACUCUGAAUUGUUGCUCAAUCUGAACCUAGUGGACCGUGCACAGAUGCUCUUCCAUCUUCAAUACAAUCCCUCAAUGGAGCAAGUGCAUAAUUUGAUGCUACCCAAAGAUGGUCAGAAUGAAUUACACUAUGUUGGCGAUAAGGGUAUCAUUAUCACCUAUUCAUACAGCAGCGAUCAUCAAGAGCAAAGAGGGCAAUCUAGCAGUGCUGUUCAUUUUCAUGGUAUAGACGAUUCCGCUACACAAAGCUCGUUCAAUUCCAUAUUCGAUCAAAGAGGUGCUGCUGCGGCCAACAACACCAUAUGUCUACGUAUUCGUUCAAUUCAUGCUAACUUGUCAUGGCUAUUAUCCGGCUUCAAUACAAGCAUUACUCCUGAGCCACUGUACCCAAAGCGCUACCAAGUCUUGGCUGAUACGCUCGCAUCACACAAUCUGAGUGACAAGCAUAUUUGCGCUUAUUCCGAGUCUGUUUUGAAAUGCAUCAUGACGAUGAGAAAUAAUGAUACAGUGGAUCCGGAUGCCUUAUCUCGACUUUUAGACCAACCCACACAAGAAAUAUCAUGGAAAGAGGCAUUGCAAACCAAAUUACAGUCCCUGGGUAUCGAUCCAAGAGUGAUUUACAAGUAUACCUUUGUCAAGAAUUACAUGUUGCAGCAAUAUCCUCCCACAGCUAAGCCAGAUGAUGUUGCUAAAGUGAUACAAGAGUCAGAAGAAGCUUGGAUCAUCAAGAAAUUGAGUUUAAUACGGGAAUUAAGGCAAUUUUAA